CUUGGACUGCGUCCACCUCCAAAACGCGCAGCCGCCUUUUCCACGCGCCCACCGGCUCUGAAUUCCUCCUCCCUCUCCCAAACCAAACCCGCGCGGCGAAAGCAACGGCCGGAGCACGGGAAGGAAGGAAGGAAGGAGGGAAGGAGGAGACCUCUCUCUCGCUCGCUCGCGCGCGUCGUCGUCGUCGUCUCCGCCGAUCCUCCCCGUGCCUCGAAGCGCGCGCGGGGGCAGGCAGGCCGGAAGCUUCGCGCGCAAGGCGCUGAGGUACGACGCACGCCUCCCGCCCGGCUUUUUGGACAGAUCGCCUUUAUUCCGGGCGGCCCGAUCACCGAAUUCCGACGCGGGGCCGCCUUCAUGGCCCCGGAAUUCCGGCGCGGGGGCGCUUCCGACCCCCUGGCGCGUGACGCGCCUUGACGCGUCCGUACGUGGCGCCGCGAGAAUUUUGGGUGCGGGAUUGAUUCCUGACGCGUGUUGCUUUGCUGCUCCGUGGCAGGAGGAGGAGGAGGAGCGGGAGGAGCCUGGAGAGCGCGCGCCGACGCGGUCGCCGCUCCGCGCCUGCACCGGGGGUCGGUUCGCGCGGCAUGGUCUUGGCCCCCGCGCGAACGCACGGGAAUGGCGGAUAGGGCGAAGGUCGUGGCCGUCGUGGUCGCCGCGGGCGUGGGCGCGGCGGUGCUCGCGGCGGCGUGCGUGUUCCUCGCCAUAUGGAUGUACCGGCGGCGGGCCAGCGUGGUGGCGCGGACGCGGACGCGGUCGCUCGAGUCCUCCACGGCCACGCUGCGGGCCAACGGCUCCACCGCCAGCCUCGACUCCAGCGUCUCCGUCUCCGUCGUCUCCGAGAGCGUCGCCGACUGGGGCCACAACCCGCUGCCGCCGGGGAAGCGCGUCGCCUUCUGGGGCUGGCGGGGCGCCAACAACGGCAGGGACCAGCCCCUCUCCAUCUCCGGGAUCCCCAAGUACCACUACAAGGAUCUGCAGAAGGCUACCAACAACUUCACCACGAUUCUGGGGCAAGGAUCGUUUGGUCCUGUGUACAAGGCUGUAAUGGCUACCGGUGAAGUCGUGGCUGUAAAGGUUCUCGCGAGCGAUUCUACGCAAGGGGAAAGAGAGUUCCAGACAGAGGUAAUCUUGCUUAGUCGGCUGCAUCAUAGAAAUCUUGUUAAUUUGGUUGGAUAUUGCGUGGAAAAAGGCCAACACAUUCUGAUGUAUGAGUACAUGAGCAACGGGAAUUUGGCAACUCUUCUGUAUGGCGAUAAUAAACGGAGUUUGAGCUGGCAAGAGAGGCUACAAAUAGCUCACGACGUCUCUCAUGGGAUUGAGUACCUGCAUGAAGGGGCUGUCCCGCCUGUUAUUCACCGAGACCUAAAGUCUGCUAAUAUACUCUUGGACGAAUCAAUGAGGGCCAAGGUUGCAGACUUUGGUCUAUCAAAGGAGGAAGUAUUUGAUGGAAGUAAGUCAGGUCUCAAGGGCACCUAUGGAUAUAUGGACCCUGAUUACAUGUCCACCAACAAAUUCACAAAGAAGAGUGAUGUUUACAGUUUCGGCAUAAUACUUUUUGAACUCAUAACAGCCAUAAAUCCACAACAAGGCUUAAUGGAGUACAUUGACCUAGCAGCGAUUGGAGGGGAAGGAAAGGUGGAUUGGGAUGAGAUACUUGACAAGAACCUCCUUGGCGGGAGCAUUCCAGAAGAGGCAAGGGUCCUUGCCGAUGUUGCCUACCGGUGCAUCAACAGGAGCCCAAGGAAGCGGCCAUGGAUAUCAGAGGUCACCCAGGCCAUUUCAAGGCUAAGGCAGCGGCAGAUGACUUUGCCGAGGAGCGAGACCAGGACCGUGCUAAGGAGGAUAGAGUACCAGCACGUGGAGCUCAGCGAUCUCGCCGGCAUGAAAGAACUCACGCCGGUAGGAGCCUGAAGUCCCUCCUUCCUAUUUGAUGAAAACAUCAGUUAGUUUUGGCCUUUGAAGGUGUCUAACUUGGGUUGGAAUAGAUGUAAAUAAUCCUGAAGGUAGAGUUUGGCAGGAUGACCGUCUCUCAAUUGAUAGACUGGCAAAUUGGUAAUAUGAACACUCUAGUAACAAAUGCUAGAAAGUGUAAAUCGAUGAAGGGGACAUUAAACUGCAUGCUGACCUUA